UUCUCUGUCUCACUGGGAUGGACUUUCGCUGGCGGAAAGGGUUCAGGAUUUGAGGCUUUUCAAUUUGGGCUAAUAAUCGGGAUCUGGAGGUGGCCUGGGUUUUGAUUUGGAGAAGAAGGAAAGGCCUCAAAAAGGCUCACUGGGUGGACACCUGAAACCAAUCUGGAAAUUACUGUUAGUGAGGAUUUUGAAGCAUGGAACUGUGAGAGACCAAAUUAAUUAUUUUAUAUAUUUCAAAUAAUUGAAAACUGGAACUUGAGCAUUCUCAGCUGGGAGUGAAGAGAUUGAUUAUUAUAUUUUUUUCCGGAAAACUGUAAUGACUGCCAACAGCAUGCCUAAGCAAGUGGAGGUACGAAUGCAUGAGAGCCACCUGGAGCCCAUCGAGGCCACACCACGCUCCAAGUGUGGCCUCAUCUGCCAGAAGUUACGCAGGAAUCUGCUCCUCACACUCACUGUAAUAGGUGUGAUAUUGGGAGCUGUAUCUGGCAUGCUUCUGCGUGUGGCCUCUCCUAUUGAUGACAACAUUGUCAUGAUAAUUGCAUUCCCUGGAGACAUUCUAAUGAGGAUGCUAAAAAUGCUUAUCCUUCCACUUAUCAUCUCCAGUUUAAUCACAGGUCUUGCAGGUCUAGAUGCUAAGUCUAGUGGCCGUUUGGGUACCAGAGCCAUGAUCUAUUAUAUGACAACCACUAUAAUUGCUGCCGUGCUGGGAGUAAUACUGGUGCUGAUCAUCCAUCCUGGCAACCCCAAACUAAAGGAGAACCUUGGGGAGGGACUCAAGAAUGACGAGGUCUCUAGUCUUGAUGCUUUUUUUGACCUCAUUAGGAACCUAUUCCCUGAGAAUUUGGUGCAAGCUUGCUUCCAGCAGGUCCAGACUGUUGUAAAGAAGAUUGAAAUUGAGCCAGAAUAUGAUGCCAACAGUACCAUGGAGGACUUCCUUUCGACUGCCACUAAGCCACCUCCUAUUUUCAAGGAAAAGAAGUCCCUGCAGUACAAGAGUGGAAUGAAUGUUUUGGGUGUAAUUGGAUUCUUUAUUGCCUUUGGUAUCUGCAUGGGGAAGAUGGGAGAGAAAGCAAGGCUUAUGCUUGAAUUUUUUAACAUCCUGAAUGAGAUUGUGAUGAAGCUGGUCAUCAUGAUCAUGUGGUAUUCUCCAUUUGGAAUUGCCUGCCUGAUUUGUGGCAAGAUUAUUUCCAUCAAGGAUUUGGAAGUGGUGGCCAGACAGCUGGGGAUGUACAUGGUCACAGUCAUCAUCGGGCUCAUCAUUCAUGGUGCCAUAUUCCUGCCAUGCAUUUACUUUGCCAUUGUGAGAAAAAAUCCCUUCAAGUUCUUCAUUGGCAUCUUCCAAGCCUGGAUCACCGCCCUGGGAACAGCUUCAAGUGCUGGCACACUUCCGGUCACCUUCCGCUGUCUAGAGGAGAACCUAGGCAUCGACAAGAGAGUCACCCGCUUUGUACUGCCUGUUGGUGCAACAAUCAAUAUGGAUGGCACUGCUCUUUAUGAGGCAGUUGCUGCUAUCUUUAUUGCCCAGAUGAAUGGUAUUGUCCUGGACCCUGGUCAGAUUGUCACAGUCAGUCUUACAGCUACUCUGGCCAGUAUUGGAGCUGCCAGUAUUCCUAGUGCAGGGCUGGUAACUAUGCUGCUAAUUCUGACUGCAGUGGGGCUGCCGACUCAGGAUAUCAGUCUUCUGGUAGCUGUUGACUGGCUUCUGGAUCGAUUCCGUACCUCUGUCAAUGUAGUGGGAGACUCAUAUGGUGCGGGGAUCGUGUAUCACCUGUCUAAAGCUGAGCUUGAUGCCCUGGAUGCUCAGCAUGGGAAGACUGAUGACAUUGAGAUGACCAAGACACAGUCCUACUAUGAUGACCUCAAGAACCAUCAUGAAAACAACUCCAACCAGUGCGUCAAUGCUGCUCCGAAUUCAGUCGUAGUAGAUGAGUGCAAGGUAACCUCGGCAGCCACAAACGGCUCGACUACUGAGUAUGCGCUCGUUGAAGAGGAACCACGAAAGAGUGAUUAAUGUGAGCACACAGACCCUUUCUGUAUCCAGUCCCCAAGAUUGUAUCCACUGAAUAAAAGAGAGGAAUAAGAAGACCUGCUAAAUUCAUGCAAACAGAACAAAUGAUGGGUUUUUAUAGUUUGGGCUUUUAUGAUUCCCCCAUUACAGUUCAUUUCGAUCUGAAAUAACAAAUACUAAUGUAAGAAAAGAUUACAGUCACAUUGUCUGUGCACUAAUACGUGCCUAUGAACUAACACUUGCUCAAAAAGCAAGGCUGGGAAUAAGGAGAAAUAAUAUAUUGUGUACUUUAAAUUAUUCCUGAUUUUAAUAUAUUCCAUAUGCAUUCAAUGUUUCUCAGAACUUUUCUCAGAAUAUAAAUGGUUAAUAACAUAGGGAGAGAGUACACAGAAACCCCAUCAGUUCAAUCUGAGCUAAACAAUCCUGUGCAGAGCUAAUUUCUUCUCUGUUAUUUUACAGCAAUAUUCAUUUCCCCUUGUAGUACCUCACUCUGUGACCUCUGACCUAUCUGGCACAAUACGUUAGUGCCUUUACUAUCUGAGUGUGUCUGAGAUCCCCAGUGUUCUGCAGGCAGAUCUGGGCUUGUGUACCAACACCAUUUCAAAAAUCAUACCUGAUACUAAAAUCCAUUCACACAAUGUAGCAUGUAUGCAUAAUGCCCAGGGGAUAUUGUUUAUUUCCUUCACUGUACUGAUAGAAAUGGGUACAAGCAGGAAGUUGGUUUACAAAAAUGAAAUUUUAAAUGAAGUGCUGAUCAUCUCUUUGCCCUUUGUCAAGUUUUACUGAGUGAGUUAUGAGGUUUUCAUUUCUAGCAUCUAUUUUGUCUGACAGUAUCUGUGUACACUCUCUCGAAUGACAGCCUUUUGAAAAGUUUUUUUUUAGCAAGUGUCACGUUGCUAUGAAAAACUGAAUGAGUUCUAUUAAGAACUGCUCUCUCACAUCGCUGGAAUUACUAGGAAAUGCUAAUAACUGUAGAGUUCACUGCACAUGCUCGAGGAAAUCAAAAGCACAACCCAUGACACUAAAUGCUUCCCCCUUAGGGACCUUUUAACCUCUCAUUCCCUUUAUUUUCUCUUGUUCUUUUCUUUUUCAUGUAAGAGAAACUGAUGUGACAAGGUGAAACUAGGGUGAAUAAGAACAUCAGCAAACGGACCAAACAAGCAGCAGCCCACAGUGUCACUGACAUUCCCUAAAACUGAUGUGAAUAAUAAAUCUACCUUUAACCUAAAAGCACACACUGCCUUUUAUAGACAGCACCCGAGUUAAAUAUUUCUGACUACUGAUUUUUAGCACAUCAUUCAGAAAAUAUAUUGUAGGGAUUUAAUAGCUAUUUUAAAAGUAUAUUUAAAAGAAAUGCAUGUGUUAGAAUGUUAUGUACAGUUAAUCUCAACCUUUUUUCUUGAUUGGGUAAAACAUUAAGUAUUUGAAAAUAAAUGUCCAGAGUUAAAGUAAGUAGUCUUGAUGAAUGAAUGCACAGCACAAUUCAUUUACGCUUCAGAUCUUUCCACUCUCCUUUCUUUUCUUCUCCUGUUUGCAGAUUGUAGACCGUUAGAUACUCAGGCAAAUAAAGAUGCACUCAGUGUUAUCAGGGAAGACACAUUCCUAAUGCAGCCAGUUGAAAUAUUUUAUACUAAGCCCUCUGAACAUGCUGGAGAGUGAUUACUGUUUACAAUUUCACAGUGGGUUUACAGCUUGCCAAAUGCCUAUUGCCUUUAUAUUACACACGCUUGCACUGUAUGUAUCAGCGUAUUUCAUUACUGCCUAUGAUUUUGCAUUAUAAAACAAGCCCCCCCCCACACACACUUAAAAAAACAACAACACAAGAAAGCAAGCAUACCUAAACCCUAAUGGUGAUAAAAGUAAUAUCAUUUUUAAAAAAGCACAUUUUUAAGGAACAAUGUUAAGGCUAACAUUCCAAUAGAUAUUUCCUUGGCUUGUUUCCUUUUUUAAAGCACACUAAAAAAUCAAAAUUAAGUAAAAGAAAUUAUAAAGAUAACAACAUAAGACAAAAUGCAAGACAAAAAAAGGACAAAUAAAAGUGGAAGACAGCAGAAGUAAACAGUUAAAUCAGUUUGAGCAUCUCAAUACAAUAGAGUUGUACCUGCUGCUCUCCAUAACAUCCUUAGAUAUCUCUGUCCUUUAACAUUUGCUCCAUUAAAGAUUUCCUCUCUUUGAAACAUGACUAUGACUGUUGUGGCAGAUCCACCCUGCUUCAAUGCCUGUAUACCUACAAUGACAGCACAAACCUCGAGAAUUAUAGUAACUGAUACCUGAGUAUUACCAAUUAACCAAAUGAUGAAUGAAAGGAAUGCACAAAACAAAUAUAUAAGCAUGUUUAUUUUGUUCUUAUCAAUAGCUGAGUAACCUCCCUUAAAAUCUGCCUUGCCUCUAAAACCAUUAACCACUAUGUAUUGUGUGUAUGAUAUAUGCUUUAUGCUUUUCGUGCGGUUUUCUUUGUUUUGUUUAUGUUGUUAUCCUUUUUUAAAUAAAGCUAAACACUCAUACUGUAUGUUAUAGCUGUCUAGCUGUUUCAAUAGAAAGCCACAUUGUGAGGAGCACUAUCUCAUAGCAAAACACACAGCUUUUUGUGACAUCUCAUGCAAGUGAUUUCAAUUAGCUGCUACAAUUUUGCAGUGUUAAUGCAUAUCAGAAAACACUACCACAUCUGAGGUGUGGAGAUUUCUUUCUCUCUCUCUCUCUCUCUCUCUCUCUCUCUCUCUAUUAUUUUUAUUUUUUUUGGUUACUUCAAAGCAUGAUGUGAAAGUGCCUCCACGCACUUUGUGUACAUAUUGUAGGUAAUGUUUUUUUUUGUUGUUGUUGCUUUUUUAAUGUAGUGUUUAGUUGCGUGAUUUAUUUUCUUUAAAUAAUCCUAUAGAAGUGUAAUAAAUAAAUUCAUUAUAUUAGAAAUCAUAUAAUAUUGUGUGUAAUAUAUUGCUUGCUCCUAAGCUUAAAUAGCUGUAUGUAGCUGUCUCCCAUAAAUAUUAUAUAUCCAAUAUAUAUCUUUUUUUCGCUUGUUUUUGUAUCUAAUGUAAGUUUUGAAUGUUUGCUCCCUGCAGGCAAAGUCAUGUGUGCAUUCAUUUUCAUUGUGUAUAUAUAUGAUAUAUGAUAUAUAUAGGAUAUUUUGCUUGAUAUUUGCUUAUAAAAUAAUUAUGGAAGGCAAGAAAAAAGCAAUGGACUAUAAGGAUGUGUUUGUUCUUGGCGUCAUCUGUAUGUGAAUAUCUAUUAGAAAGUCUCAAAAUGUAAUGACAAUUUUUUGACAUCUUAACUAGAAUGCCAGGAGUAAUUUCUAAUAAGUGUAGUAUUGGUGAUCAAGUGUAAAGUGCCAAAUUUUAGCUAUACAUUUCUUUGAAAGUGUGUAACAGUAAGCAAAAGCCUUCAUUUCUGCUAAACUGGCAGAAUUCUUGCAAUGUCUAUAGCUCCUGUAUGAUUUUUAUUGGCUUGUCCAAUAGAAAUGUUGCUUACACUUACAGUGCAAGUCCAGUGGUCUUUGUUCCCUUCCAGAAAUAAUGGAAAAGCAGUCAGUUCUUGAACACCCUUUUAUACAAUUUACUGUGUAUAAACCCUUUCCAUUUUGUCUAUUCCUGAUAUUCAUUUUUUGUUCUUCAUGAAUUUGUCAAGCAAAAGCUGGUAAAACCCCAAGGCAAACCGAUCCUUUCUUCUGAAUGGAUCAAGCAAUUACACUAUAAAUACACCACUGAGUAAAACUGAAUUAUUCAUCUUAUGUCAUUCUACAUGCUUCAUUUAAGUUUUUUUAUUUUAAAACCUAAAAUCUUUAAUAUAACCCGUUCUCACCCUUUACCUAUGGUACCAUCUGUUCUGUUCCUCUCUAUCUUUUUAUGAUGUUACUUUUCUUUUGAUUUGAAAGGAAGGAUAUAAAAAAAUGAGCAAAGAAAUUAAAUAAAACAAUGUACCCACCCAUGGAAUAAAAGUAUGUUCAUACAUAUCAAUACAAUAUUUGUUGUACCAUUGGUGUACAUACAGUUAUUAUAACUAAUAAAUGUUGAUUCAUAACUAA